GAGGUCUCGCGAGAGAAGCACCGCGGCCCUGUUUGUUGAGGGCAACUCUGCGGGCUCCUCAGAGCCCUCCGCGUUCCCUCGUAAAUCCAGCCAGGAACGGCGGAAUGAAUCCGCCUAGAAAUGGUGGGAUGGAGCCUAAAUCCCCUGGGGAUGGAGCCUAAGUACCCUUCUACUGAGCCUAAAUCCCCUGGGAUUUAACCAAAACGGCCAAAUCCAGGCGCUUUCCAUGGAUAGGGGCGGUACUGGAAAGGGCGGGCGGUGACGUCACCUCACCCAACCCCUUUUCCGGCCCCUCCUGAGGCGGCUCCGCCUUUUCCCGGCGCCGGCCCCGGGGCCUGUUCUGGGCCGGGACCGGAGUUGGUGCCGGGGCUCCUUCGCCAGCGGAGCGUCCCCAAGGUGUUCCCAGUGAGCAUGGAGCCCCAAGAGCUGUCCCCGGCCCUGAUGCAGCCAGAGGUCACCGUGGUGGCCAUCCUGGGUGAGCUGCUGGACACCCUGCCCAGCCUGGACGAGAUGACUCUGCUCGUGUCCCCAUUGCACCUGUACUGGGACCUGAUGGACUUCACCAAUGAGCUCCACAACAGCCUGUGCACUGAUGAGACCUGGAGGCACCGCAAUGUCACCUACGAUGAUGAUGACGCUUUCACCUCUGAUGAUGAUGACCCUCCCGCCUCCCUGAGCCAGGCCCUGGCCACCUACAAGAGCACCCAUUGGACCAGCAGGUUUGAUGUGCAAAUGGUGGCCUGAGUGUGGCAGCGGUCAGUGGCCGCAGUCAAGGACAGCUGGGCCCAGCUGGCCAGGACGGCCACCAAGCUCCCCAACGCCUGCAGGGAUUUGGCCACCAAGGCGGCCAACAGGGGAGCCACCGCCACUGCCCGGCCGAGGGAGCUGCAGGCCAAGACUGCCCGUGAUUGGACAGCUCAGGAAAACAUGGUGGAGCUGGGUCAGGCCCUGGGUAGGGAGGAGGGGGCCGAGGUGGUGGCCGGGCAUGGAGCCCAGGUGUGGAGAGAUGCCAUGGUGGCUGCCAGCGAGGCAACAAGGGCCACCAUGGUGAGACAGCGGGUGGAUGCGUCCCUGGGGCUGCUGGAGCGCUUGGUGGCCGCGUGUGACGAAGCAACCGCAUUCCCCCAGGAGCUGCAGCGCCUGCUCAGGGACACCAAAGGCAUCCUGAAGGAGACAAAGAAGCAGUCCCUUAAUGUCCCUGAGGAUUUGGUGGCCAAGGUGGCUGUGGCCGAGUGGCUGUGGGAGGCCAACGCCCGCCUGGCCAAGGAUCACCUGGGGGAGACACUUCAAGAUAUCAUCAACUUCUUGUUCACCGGUGAUCCUGCCAGCCCCAGUGCCUGUGGGAUGGCCGAGCAGUGCCAAAGGGCCAUCGAGGACAUCCCAAGGCUAAUUCGACCCCUGGUGUGUCCCCAAGUUGUCCCCAAGGUGUCCCCAGUGACCAUGGAGCUCCAACAGCUGUCCCCGGCCCUGCUGCAGCCAGAGGUCACUGUAGUGGCCAUCCUGGGCGAGCUGCUGGGCACCCUGCCCAGGCAGGACGAGGAGAUGAAUCUGCUUGUGUUCCAAGGGUGCCUGUACGGGGAUCUGGAGGUUUUCACCAGCAACCUCUGGGACACCCUCUACAGCACUGAUGACACCUGGAGGCGCUGCAAUGUCACAUCAGAUGACGAUGACCCUGUCACCUCCCUGCGCCAGGCCCUGGCUGCCUAUAAGAGCACCCCAGGGAUCCCCCGGAACCGCGUGACAAUGGCAGCCAGCGAGUGGCAGUGGUUGGUGUCUGUGCUGAUGAAUAGCUGGGCUGAGCUGGCCAGGACAGGCGCUGAGCUCCACAGCACCUGCAGGGAUUUGGCCACCAAGGCGGCCGACAGGGCGGCCACAGCCACCGCCCGGACCAGGGAGCUGCAGAACGAGGCUGCCCGUGAUGGGACAGCUCAGGAAAACAUGGUGGAGCUGGGUCAGGCCCUGGGCAGGGAGGAGGGGGCCGAGGUGGUGGCCAGGCAUGGAGCCCAGGUGUGGAGAGAGGCCAGGGUGGCUGCCAGCGAGGCAACAAGGGCCACCAUGGAGAGACAGCGGGUGGAGGUGGCCCUGGGGCUGCUGGAGCACUUGGUGGCCGCGUGUGACGAAGCCACCGCGUUCCCCUGGGAGCUGCAGCGCCUGCUCUGGGAUAUCGAUGCCACCCUGGAGGGCACAAAUGAGGCGUCCCCUGAUGUCCCUGAGGACUUGGUGGCCAAGGUGGCCGUGGCCGAGCAGCUGUGGGAGGCCAAGAUGCACCUGGUCAAGGAUCACCUGCUGGGGGCAGUUGAUGACAUCAUCAAGGUCUAUUUCGCUGGUGGUCCUGCCUGCCCCAGUGCCUGUGGGGUGGCCGAGCGGUGCCAAAGAGCCAUCGAAGACAUCCCAAGGCUCCUUCGACCCCCAGAGUGUCCCCAGAGCAUCCCCAGUGUGUCCCCAGUGAGCGUGGAGCUCCAAGACCUGUCCCCUCCCCAGCUGCUGGAGGCUCUGGUGUCCGUGGUGGCCACCCUGGGCGAUGUGACGGCCACCGUGACCGGGCCACACUGGGGCGUGCGGCGCUGUGCGCCCCCAAAGUUGCUGCACGCGGCCCUGAGGAUCUUCACCUGGAGCCUCCGUAAGGGCCUGGAACACCCCGGUGUCCCCUCCCUGGGCCAGACCCUGGCCACCCUCGGGGCCACCCCGGGGGCCACCUGGGCCAAUGUGAGAGCCACAGGCAGCGCCUGGCGGGAGUUGGUGUCUGCGUGUGAGGAGAGAUGGAAACAGCUGGUCGAGGAGGUCACCAAGCUCCGUGAUGCCUGCAAGGACGCGACCCUCGCCUGGGCCAGGGACCAGCAGGACAAGGCCACCUGCCGGGGGACAGCUGGGGACAACCUGGCAGCCACAGCCCAGCAGCUCAUGGUGGCCCUGGACAGGGAUGAGGAGGCCUCAGUGGGGGCCACAUGUGAUGCCCAGGUGGCAAUGGCCACCAAUGAGGCCAUGGGAGAGGCCGUGGUGGCCUCCAGGCGGGCGAGGGCGGCCAUCAGGAGGAGACAUUGGGCAGAAAUGGCCCUGGAGCCGCUGCAGCACUUGGUGGAUGCGUGUGACAGAGCCACUGAGUUUAUCAGUUACAUGGAGUGCCAGCUCAGGGACACUGAGGCUGCCCUGGAGGGGACAAAGGAGGCAUCCCCCAAUGUCCCUGAGGACUUGGUGGCGAAAAUGGCCAAGUUUGAGCAGCUGUGGGAGGCCAGCGCCCGCCUGUUCAAGCAUCACCUUUUGGGGACACUUGGGGACAUCCACGACCUCCUCUUGAGUCCCUGUAGUGGCCACAGUGGCCCCAGUGGCCCCGGCAGCCGUGCAGGGGCUGAGCAGUGCCAAAAAGCCAUCAAGGACAUCCCAAUGCUGCUGCGGGGACAGUGAUGUCACCACUGUGAUGUCAUUGGUGCAGUGAUGUCACUCGACUUGUGGACAGUCGAGUGCCACCAGCUCCUUGAGUGCCGCAGCGCUGUGUGUCACCAAGAGCCCCUCGAGUGCCACCAGUUCCUCAAGUGCCACCAGCUUCUCGUGUCACCAAGAGCACCUCAAGUGCCACCAGCUCCUUAUGUCACCACGAGCCUCCAGAGUGCCACCGGUUCCUCAAGUGCCACCAAGAGACCCCCGAGUGUCACCAGGACUGGCCCAGUCGCUGUGUGGGGGUCCCUGGUGUCACCGGGGUCUCUGUCUGUGUCACACGCCGCCCUUGAGCACCCACUGGGACCCCCCUGAGCACCGGGACCCCCGAAUUUCACCGUCCUCGUGCACCGGGACGCCCCCGUCAGGACCCCCCUUAGGCAUCAGGACCCUCGAGUUUCCCUCCCUCUCCUCGUGCACCGGCACCACCGGACCCCCCCCAGGAACCGGGACCCUCCCCUGGUGCACCGGGACCACCGGAGACCCCUCCAUCAAUCAGUGCUGUCAUCGUUCAUUGGGACCCCCCCUCAGGCACUGGAACCACCAGAAACCCCCCCAAAUCACCGAGCACCGAGACCCCCCCUCGUGCACUGGGGCCGCUGGAGACUCCCCCGAAUCACUGAGCACCCCCUGUGCACCAGCACCGGGACUGGACCCUCCUCGUGCCCUGAUCCCCCCUCACCGAGCACUGGGACAGGGACCGGACCCCCCCUCGUGUACCGACCCCCCUUUGUGCCCCCCCCCCAUCACGGGGGUUCUGCCCCCUCCCCUUUGAGCCCCCAGAGCCGCGGGACCCCCGGGAGCAGCACCGGGACUGGGGGGAGCCGGGAGUGGGACCAGGGGGCUCCGAGUGCUGGGGGGCACAGGGGGGUCCCCAGCACUGGGAGGUUCUCUUGGGGCUCAGUCCUGUCUGCCCCUCCCCCAUUAUCAGCCGGGACCCCCUGUGAGAAACAAGGGUCAGAAUUGAAAUAUUUAUAAAAGUUUGUUAAAGGUUAAAAUUCUGGUGCUAAUUGCCAAAAGCUCACCUUUAAUUAAGCCAUGUUCUUUAUGUCCUGUUACAUCAAAGAGGUUUUAAGGCAUAUUCAUUAGGGUUUAUGCAUAUUCAUAAUAUAAUGUUAAUUAAAAUAUAUAUUAGUAUUAUAUAGAGAGAGUAAUACAAUAGAAAUAUUAUAUAUUUGAUUAAAAUAUUUUACAUUAAUGUAUUUUAUACUAACAGAAUUUAUAUUAUACUUACGUAUUAUUAAUAUAUUAACUAAAAAUUUGCUCCUUUUAAUAUAAAAUUAUGUAUAUAUUUUUCUAUAUUCUAUAUAAAUUUAUUUCAUACAUUCCUGUGAGUUCAGAUGUUCUUUUGUUUGGUUUUAACCCUUGACUUGCCUCCACGCUAUCUUGUGCAUUAAACCAAUUUAUUUUAUUUCUCCUUGCAGUUAAA